AAGAAUCCCUAAAAUGGUCGUUUCAUCAACUUCAUCGCUUCUCCUCUAUGCCGCCGCUGGCUUUUCCGCCUUCACGGUGGCGGCACACACGCAGAUGGGCUUCGAUACCGUGCUGCCCUCUAUCAGGAAAGCAAACCCAACAGAUCCGGGCCUGGUGGCUGCCAAAAUCGGCUGGAUGGAGUUGAAUCAGGGCUUUGUCUUGAUGUCAAUAAUGGCGGUAAAAUGGGCUCGUCAUGGAAUCACUGGCCCGUACGAGAAAGCUUUUGCAGCCGUCUAUUCGAUCAGCCAGGUGUUUUUCGGGGCGUGGUAUGCCAGAGUAGGCUUUCCGGUGAUAUUGGUGCCACUUUGGGGUAUCCCAGCUUUGAUUGGGUUGAGCCAGUUGGUUUGAAAACAGCAGGAGUGUCUUUGCAAUGUACGCCAUAUGGUAGGAAAGCUGCUCAAGCAGAAAAGUGAAAGCGUGCAUGAGACUUGUUCCGCGGGGAGGACACAAUUUUGACGGAAUUAACAGAUGAGCAUUGUAAUUAUAAAUAAUGUACUUGAUUCAAUUUGCCGU